AUGAUCCCCUUGUUAGUAGCCAGUGACCAAAACGGCUUUCUGGCAGGUUCCCAAACCGGAAAUGGCUACAUUGAAGGCAAAGAGCUGGAAAACUUCUUCCAGGAGCUGGAAAGUGCGAGGAAGGGGGCGGGUGUGGACUCCAAGUACGACAACUUGGGCGACAAGAUGAAGGAGUUCAUGCACAAGUACGACAAAAACGCGGACGGGAAAAUUGAGAUGGCGGAGCUGGCCCAGAUCCUGCCCACGGAGGAGAAUUUCCUGCUGUGUUUCCGCCAGCACGUGGGCUCCAGCUCAGAGUUCAUGGAGGUGAGCAGGGCAGGCGCCAGCGAAGGUCUGUCCUUCCAGGGCUUCUUGUCGGACCUGCUGAAGAAGGCGAACCGGCCCUACGACGAGCCCAAGCUGCAGGAGUACACGCAGACCAUCCUGCGGAUGUUCGACAUGAAUGGCGACGGGAAGCUGGGACUCUCCGAGAUGUCCCGACUUUUGCCCGUGCAAGAAAACUUCCUUCUGAAGUUUCAGGGGAUGAAGCUGUCCUCGGAGGAGUUCAACGCCAUCUUCGCCUUCUACGACAAGGACGGGAGUGGCUUCAUUGACGAGAACGAGCUGGACGCACUGUUGAAAGACCUCUAUGAGAAGAAUAAGAAAGAGAUGAACAUCCAGCAGCUCACCAACUACAGGAAGAGCAUCAUGAACCUCUCCGACGGGGGCAAACUCUACCGCAAGGAACUGGAGAUUGUCCUCUGCAACGAACCCCCCAUGUAG